UGCAAAACCCUCUUUUCCGUAGUAAUCGUCGCCUCACUCAUCACAAACUCAUAAAAAUGGCAGAAAACAACUCAAACACCCAAAGCCCAGAAAUCAAGGAACCUUCAACCAAGCUUCAAAAGCUUCAACCCCAUGAAAAUGGCGAUGAAUCCUCUUUCUUCAAGGUCAAGAAGCUCUCAGAUAAGGCUGUUGUUCCUUCUAGAGGAUCCCCUUUUGCUGCUGGUUACGAUCUCUCCAGUGCGGUUGAAUUGAAGGUGCCUGCUAGAGGAAAAGCACUGGUUCCUACUGAUUUGAGUAUUGCUGUUCCUCAAGGAACUUACGCCAGAGUUGCACCGAGGUCAGGACUGACAUGGAAACACUCCAUUGAUGUGGGAGCAGGAGUGAUUGAUGCAGAUUACAGAGGACCAGUUGGGGUUAUCCUGUUCAAUCACUCUGAUGUCGAUUUUGAGGUGAAAAUAGGUGAUCGUAUUGCACAGUUGAUCAUUGAAAAGAUUAUAACUCCAGAUGUUUUCGAGGUCGAAGAUUUAGACUCUACUGUCAGGGGUGCUGGUGGGUUUGGUUCUACUGGUGUUUGAACUGGCUUAGGAAUUAGCAUUGAAAUUGCUGAAUGCUGUGAAUCUGUGAACCAUUUUGCGUAUAUUACUAGUUUAAUUGUACCUUUGAACUUGGUAUUCUAGUAAUGGCUCAUGGUAGAGCACUGAUCAUCGUAAUCGAGUAUUUUUACCAAUGUCGCUUA